AGUGAGAACUCGCCCCGCCACGCGCAGAGGCACAACCUACAAGUCUCCAUUUCAUUUUUGUUUUGUUGCUCGUGUGAAAAAAAUAAAAGCGAAAGAAGGCUUUCUUCAUUUUCCUCUCAUGGUCGUGUCUGUUCAGUGGAAUACACACAUUCGCGUUAACGGUUAUAGAUACGCGUAAGUUGCUUACGAGAUUAGAGUUAUGCAGCUCAAAACGUCGCAAAUAUUGGUGCAUCAAGUCAAGAGAUACAUUGUUUACGACGGUAUAGUUUAGUUUACACAUAUACCGGCCGCACGUUUCGCGUGUUGGCUGUUCUAUUUUUUCCUUUCGAGCUUGUAAAGGAUAACGAAAUAAUAAUUCGACGACGGCGAGCAAUCGGUCACCAGGAGAAAUGGCUUCCGGAAGCAAGAAGUCGAACGUGCCCCUCACAAAGGAAGAGCAGGAAGAGGAGGAGCUGAGGAAUGAACUCAUAAGUAGUAAAUGUGAAUUUUUUUAUGAUGGGAUCAGUGUCGAUGAAAUGAAAAUGAUUAUGAACGAGCUAAAAAAAACCAAAGAAAACAAUUCACAAAAUACAGAAACUGUAUCACCUUCACCAUCUUUAAGUGAAUCCAAAUCGUCACAAAACAGCUCGCAGACAUCAGAUAUAAAUAGGCCUCCACCAAGUUUUUCAUACAGACAAGCUGUAACUAAUAGUAAUUUACCUACAGCAUCUACUUCUAAUGAAGAUUUCAAUAGCAGAGAACAAAGUCCAGAUCCAACCUCAAAUAAAACUUAUGGGAAAAAUUUAAACAAUGAAAAUGACAGUCAUGAUGAAUCCAUUUUCGAAAAUAAUUCCAAUAUCAGUAAUGAUGAUUAUCCACAACUAGGAAGUAAAUCUAAUUUAAAAAGUAACCCCUAUGACAAUACUUCAACAACAAGAGUACUUCGCCCGCGAGAAGCAAAGAAACCAAAUCCUGCAGCAAUAAGAAAAUUAAACUUGGAAAGAUGGAGAUUAGAUCCCUUGCAAUUUUUAGAAGAUGAUGAGGUUCCUUUAAAAGUAUCAGAACGUGUGCGCAACCAUGAAGAAGAAUACUUACCUUACAGUAAUGAAACACUGGAUGAUGAGACAUUUGAUGCUUUGUGUCAACAGAUGAGUGAAAAAUUAGACAGUCUCCAUGAACAAAUGAUUGCUACAGAUAGCCAAACUAUAUGGGGGUCACCCAUUAAGGUUUCUGGAAAGCGGAGUAGUCCAGCUGAUAAAAAUUCAUUUGUGGAAAAGACACCAUCUUCCAGCAGCCAUAUCUCAGAUGUGUCAGUUAGGGACACCGUGGAACGCAGUUCUAAACGUAAGGCCUUAAACAAUAUUGCUGCUACUACAGAAAAUCAUAGUAAUGAUGAAAGUAGCAGUGAGGAAUUUGUCAAAACAAAUACAAAAAAAAGAAAAUGUCAACAGGAAAAAAAGGCAGAGGAGGUGCCAAAAAAAGUUCGAGAAAGUCAAGAAAAUAAAAAUAACAAUCCAGUUGAAAUGAUUGAAGUUAAUCAAAUUGACGAUUUCUCAGAUUCACUUUUUGAUAAUUCAGAUUUACAAAGGUUACAAAGGAUUAAGAGAACAAAAAUUUCUAGUAAUCCAGAUCCUGUUGAAAAUGAAGCAGUCUAUCCAAGACGCAUUACUCCUCCAAACCCAACAAAAAAAAGUUGUAAAGGCCCAAGAUAUAGGAAAAAAAAUUCCACACAAUCACAAAGUACUUCUAAGAAUAACUCUGAUGCUCUAGAUGAUAACGAAAUCAGUAAUUUACUAAAUAAUGAGCCUGAUGAGAUGAAUGAUAGUGAUUGCAUAGAGAUUACAGAUGAAAUAAAACCAUUUCCAAAUGCUAAAGGAAUGCAAAAAAAAUUAAAUAUAGCGCAAUCACAUUUAGAGAAUAAAAAGAUUGCAACUGAACAAAAAAUCAAAGCAGAAGAAGAAGCACGAAAACGAAAAGAAAUCGAUGAAAGAUUAAAAAAGGAUGAACUUAUUUCCAAACGAUUUCAAGAACAAGAGGAUGAAAGAAGUCGUCAUUUGGAAAAAGAAAGGAAGAGAAAGGAACAAGAAUUACUUUAUCACAAUAUUUUGCAGGGUUCACAAAAACGGGUAACAAGGUCAAAUUUUAGCAUCAACAUACCACGAAACUAUGAGGAAAUGGACGAGGAACAAUUAUUAGCCGAUGAUGAUGAUGACAUAACAUUAACUCACAGUAACAUCGUUACAAAAAACUGUCCUAUCUGUCAAAAACCUUUUCCAGAUGACCAGAUUAUGAGUCAUGCUUCAGAAUGUAACUUGUUUCCUGGAGAAUCUAAUGACAUAUAUAGUUUCCAGCCUUCAACAAGUUAUUCUAGACAAGAUAAUAGUUAUGAAUGUACGAUUUGUAAUAAUUACACCACGCUUGAUGGAAAAAGAUAUGAAGAGCAUGUGACAAAAUGUAGGGAGAAAGCAGAAGAUCAAAGAGUUAAUGGUAUCUAUCAUUUAAUAACAUGAGGAAUAUCACCAAAACACGAACGUAACAAACAUUUUAUCAUAUCUAAUAAAAGUGUGUCAACACUCUUCUUUUAAGCAUGGCAUAAUAGAAUUAUCGAUUGAGAUUUAUUAUUGAAAUGUAAAUUAAUGUAAACUUUGAUUAAGUCUUGCAGUAAAAUAUAUUCGAAUGAUACUAUAUUUUUUAUAUAGUAUACAUUUAAAUAGCCUUAAUUAUAACUGCUAAUAUUUAUUGCUAUUUAAAAAAAUUUGAUGCCUAAAGAUAAUUUGUACUUAUUAAAAUUUCUUUUCCUUAGUACAUAUCACAGCUAUGUUAAAAAAAGUUUUUAAGCGAAUUUUUCUGUUUUCUCUGCAAUACUUAUGCUGAAGUUGAACUUAUUAAGGUUGUACAGUGUACAUAAAAAACUGACCUAGAAAAUAA